UUUCAUCAAUAAAAUAUUCACCCAUACUUGGCUUUGAAAAAUGCAACCAACUCAUCUCUCUGCUUGUGCGUGAGAGAGAGAGAGAGAGAGAGAGAGAGAGAGAGAGAGAGUGCAUAAGUAGAAGAAUUAAGAUCAACCACCGGAAAAGCAGAGCCUCCUCUACCAGAAGAAGCAGCUGAAAGCGACCACUAUUUAUUUAUACCAAAAACCCAAAAAGCUAUACACCAAAAUCCCCCCCACAACAAACUUAAAUUACCCAUAUGCCUCCCAACCCGCCCAAAUCCUCGGUCUUACUCCACCGCAUCAACACCCCAACGUCCGCCGAGUCCAAUACGGGGUCGCUGCAGUGCCAAAACCAAAGGGACGGAGGAGCGCUUCUACUCGGUAACAAUAAUAACAAUAACAAGAGGCGGGCCCCACUCCCGGAAGCGCUGGAGCGCCACCACACGCACGCGGUUGGGCCUGACCAGUGCUGCUCGGCCGUGACGCAGGAGAUCGCGGCCCCGGUGUCCACCGUGUGGUCGGUGGUCCGGCGCUUCGACAACCCGCAGGCCUACAAGAGCUUCGUCAAGAGCUGCCACGUCAUCGUCGGCGACGGCGACGUGGGCACUCUGCGCGAGGUGCGGGUGAUAUCGGGGCUGCCGGCGAACCGUAGCACGGAGAGGCUGGAGAUCCUGGACGAUGAGAGCCACGUCAUAAGCUUCAGCAUGGUGGGUGGGGACCACCGGCUCUCGAACUACAAGUCGGUGACGACGCUGCACCCGUCACCCGCAGGCGGGACGGUGGUGGUGGAGUCGUAUGCGGUGGACGUGCCGCACGGGAACAGCAAGGAGGACACGUGUACGUUCGUGGACACGAUUGUUCGCUGCAACCUCCAGUCACUGGCUCAGAUCGCCGAGAAUUUAGACCGACGCAAGUAAUUAUAUGAAGCAAUGAUUUAAUUAAUUAUAUUAUACCUUAAUUAGCUUCUUCUUCCCUUCGCGUCUGUCUGUCCGUCUGUCUGUCUGUCUGUCUCUGUAGUGAGCUAAGUCAGUGGUUGCCUACUGAUGGUUAUACGCCGUCGUUUUGUGGUUCUUAAAGUCAAAAUCCGAUGAAACAGUCAGUCACAGUCACAACCGCGGUUCAAUGGUUAAUGUUGUUUAAUUAAUGCUUUAUAUUAUGUACAUAUAUUAAGGGAAUUUUCUAUUUUCAAUGUUUUUGGUUUGUGUA